ACAGAAGUUGACGAAACUGACAAUGUGGAAAUUGAGUAUGUAUCAGAACUCCCGGAUCUAUCUAACGAACCUUUCUUUGAAGAAUUCUCAAAGGUUUUUGCCCAUUUUCAGAUCACGAAAGAAGAACCUGAGGCUAAUUUAAAUAAUGAUAGAGACGAAGAAAAGGCUGAAACUAUAAACCCACAAAAUGAAUUAAGUGUUGCUCAAUUAAAACAAUUAGUUAAAAGACCUGAAGUAGUCGAGUGGGUUGAUGUUACAGCAGCUGAUCCAAAGCUUUUGGUCAGUUUAAAAGCUUAUAGGAAUACUGUGCCCGUUCCUCAACAUUGGUCUCAAAAAAGAAAAUAUCUUCAAGGAAAAAGAGGAAUAGAAAAACCCGCGUUUGAUUUGCCAGAAUUUAUAAAGGAUACUGGUAUAAUGGAAAUGAGAGAAGCAGUAAGAGAAAAAGAAGAUGCAGCGAAAUUAAAGCAAAAAACUCGUGAAAGAGUUCAACCAAAAAUGGGAAAAUUAGAUAUUGAUUAUCAGAAAUUACAUGAUGCGUUUUUCAGAUUUCAAACUAAACCAAAGUUGACAAUUCAUGGUGAAUUGUAUUAUGAAGGUAAAGAGUUUGAGACGAAAUUAAAAGAAAAGAAGCCAGGACAACUUUCAGAUGAAUUAAAGGCUGCAUUGAAUAUGCCACCACUUGCCCCACCACCAUGUGCACAAUGGGGAUUUCAUCCUGGAGGAUGGGGCAAACCACCUGUGGAUGAGUAUAAUCGUCCAUUGUAUGGAGAUGUUUUCGGAACAUAUCAUCAAGACAUACCAUCAGAGAAUGUUCAACCAAUUGAAAGGAAAUUAUGGGGAGAGCUGGAACCUGAAGAAGAAGCAUUACAAGAGGGACUUGUAACGCCAAGUGGAUUUUCAAGUGUACCGAAUGGUUUACAAACACCUGAUUAUAUUGAAUUGAGAAAAUUCCAAGCUACGCCAGCAACCACUACAUCAUCGUCAGCAAUAAAUGCUAGUUUGGCAAGUGGAUUGGAAACACCUGACUUUAUUGAAUUAAGGAAACAUCAAAAACCUGAUGAAGAGGAAACCAAACAAUUGUUUACUGUUAUUCCACAAAAAGAAGUCCCUAUUUCAGGGUUUAUGGGAUCUCAACACGUAUACGAUAUUUCUAACACGGCAGGAUCAACUGCAGCAACAUCCAAAGGAGCAAAGAGAAAAGUAAUAGGAACUGGUGUUGAAGUGGCGCUUGACCCUUCUGAGAUGGCAAAUUUGGAUGAAGAAACUUUAAGAGCUAAAUUUGAAGAAGCUCAACAGGCACAUCAACCAGAAGGAGCGCAUGAAGAUUUGUCAGACAUGGUCGCAGAACAUGCUAGUAAACAAGCUAAAAAGAGACAAAAAAUGCAAGAUGCAAGAGCAGCUGCUAGAGAUACUGGAUCCACUGGUAAUCCAGGAUCUAAGAAAUAUAAAGAAUUCAAAUUUUAG